GCACGGAUUGUAUCUGUUCCGUCCAUCUCAUCUGAUAUUCCGUAGAACAAUGGCAUCUCUAACCACCAUCACCAAACUGCCCGUGUCGCUCCGAAAUCUGGUCGAACAGUCCGUCUCGGAUGGCAGCAAAGACUUCGGCAAGGACGAGAAAGACAAGACUCUUGUCGCAGAGUGGAUCGAGAAAAUCGUAGAAGGAGAGAUCGUUAAGCCGCAAACCCUGAAGGACCUCGAUAGGCAACUCACACCCCGGACAUAUCUCGUGAGCAACUACUACACGGUGGCCGACACCGCGCUUUACGGCGCUCUGCAUCCGGUAUAUUCGCAAUUUCAGCCCGCCCAGUACUACUCCUUCCCUUCCCUCACUCGCUACUUUGAUCAUAUUCAAUCACGACCGCAAGUUCGCCACGCUGCCUCCACCCUCGCUCCUGCAUUCUCGGUCGUGACAUUCGACCUUGAGAACGCACCUCACCUCGAGCGGAAGCCCGAUGCGCCCAAGAAGAAGGACAAGGCGCCUGCUCCCUCGUCGGACGCCACCCCUACUGCCGUCGCUGGGAAGAGCACAAAGACCAAGGACGCGCCUGUGGCAGCAGAGAAGAACGCGGAAGCCGCUGCUACUGAAGCUAAGGUGCCAAAAAAGGAGAAGAAGGAGAAGAAGCCUACGGAGGCUGCUGAGGGAGGAAAGAAGAAGGCGGCCGGUGGUGGCAACAAGGCUGAUGAGGGAUCUGGCGAGCCCGUUCCCUCUAUGAUCGACUUGCGUGUUGGGCACAUCGUCGACAUCAAGAAACAUCCUGAUGCAGAUGGUCUCUAUGUCGAGCAAAUCGACUUUGGUGAGGAGGAGGGCCCACGAACAGUGGUUUCCGGGCUCGUACACUACAUCCCCAUCGAGCAGAUGCGAGACAAGUACCUUGUCGGCGUGUGCAACCUCAAGCCUGCGAACAUGCGAGGUGUGAAGAGCUUCGCCAUGGUUCUAUGUGCAACGUCGAAAGAUGGCAAAGAGGGUGGUAUCGAGCUUAUCCAACCUCCACCGAACUCAAAACCUGGUGAACGCGUCUAUUUCGAAGGUCCAGACUUCGAGAACGCGACGCCGCUUCCGCAACUCAACCCGAAGAAGAAGAUUUUCGAGACCGUCCAGCCAGGUUUCGUCACUUUGGAGACCAGGGAGGCAGCAUGGGUAAACCCCGUCACGAAGAGCGUCCACAGAGUACGCACAAAAGAUGGUUUGUGCGUUGCACCAACUUUGGUUGGCGCAUCUCUAUCAUAGACUAUGAUGAGAUGCAUGAUAGGAACUAGUAAGUGAACGCGCGAGGAGUCGCGCCAUGUGUGUAUUGCUGCCCUGUGCUGGGAGGACUGCAGUAUCCUAACUCUACAUCCUGCCACCUCUAUCUUCCGGUGCUACUAAUAGGAUGCCUGAUGGACGCUGGUCGCACUUGAACUUUCAGCUUAAAGUUCCCUUACAUCACAGCCAGUACCAUGUUACAUGGUCUACAGAGCUGAUGUCGUCGAACUCAAGUCUGUAGUCAUCAAAGGACCAUACACAUGUGUGUACAAUGCUGGCGUACUACACACUGUCAUGGCGCGGAUACGAUUAGCCGUGGCAGUUCCCACUCCGGACUCCACGCCGAUGGAACAACCAGCCUAGUGGGAGCCACCCUUCGCACGCAGUGAGAACCUCCUCCGACCGGUCCAUGUUUCAUGUUACCGCAAUGCAUCUCCAUAGCAUCGGACACUCCAAC